CCAUGUUCAUUCAGGCCCCGGCGUUCGGGGGCCCCCUCAAAAACAGGGAGCUCCACCUUUGCCUAACGCUUUGGGAGCGCGGGGUGGCGCGGGGCGGCGCUACAGCCCCAAGGCCCCGGGGCGGGGCGGGCACGUGGUGCGCGGCCCCGGCGAUAAAGAGCGCGGUUGGGAGCGCGGCGCGGAGCGGCGGAGGUGGACGAGCGGCGUCUGGAGAAAUCAACUUCUCAGUCAUUGGUCGGUAUGUGGAUUAUCUUGUAGAAGAACAGGGAGUGAAGAAUAUCUUUGUGAAUGGCACGACAGGAGAAGGCCUGUCCCUGAGCAUCUCAGAGCGCUGCCGGGUCGCGGAGGAGUGGGUGACAGAAGGGAGGAACAAGUUGGAUCAGAUAGUAAUUCACGUGGGAGCACUGAGCUUGAAGGAGUCACAAGAACUGGCCCAACAUGCAGCAAAAAUAGGAGCCGAUGGCAUCGCUGUCAUUGCACCUUUCUUUCUCAAGCCAUGGAACAAAGAUGUCCUGAUUAACUUCCUAAAGGAGGUGGCCGCUGCUGCCCCUGCACUGCCGUUUUACUACUAUCACAUUCCUGCCUUGACAGGGGUAAAGAUUCGUGCUGAGGAGUUGUUGGAUGGAAUUCAGGAUAAGAUCCCCACCUUCCAAGGGCUGAAAUUCAGUGACACAGAUCUCUUAGACUUCGGGCAAUGUGUUGAUCAGAAUCGCCAGCAACAGUUUGCUUUCCUUUUUGGGGUGGAUGAGCAACUGUUGAGUGCUCUGGUGAUGGGAGCAACUGGAGCAGUGGGCAGUACCUAUAACUACCUGGGAAAAAAGACAAACCAGAUGUUGGAGGCUUUUGAACGGAAGGACUUCUCCUCGGCCCUGAACCAUCAGUUUUGUAUUCAGAGAUUUAUCAACUUUGUGGUCAAACUAGGUUUUGGAGUGUCGCAGACCAAAGCCAUCAUGACUCUUGUCUCUGGGAUUCCAAUGGGCCCACCCCGGCUUCCACUACAGAAAGCCUCUAGGGAGUUUACUGAUAAUGCAGAAGCUAAACUGAAAAGCCUAGAUUUCCUUUCUUUCACUGAUUUAAAGGAUGGAAACUUGGAAGCUUGUAGCUAGUGCCUCUCUAUCAAAUCAGGGUGUGUACGUUGAGAUAUAAUCCACUUUGAAUACUGCAUUCAUUUCUCAAAAACUUUUUAGAUGAGUUUGAACUAAACUUUCCUAGCAAAUGAAAUCUUGCAUCAAUCAACAGGUAUUUAAAUACCUACUAUGAUCUUUUAAAAGUUUUAAUUUAUGAAGGGGCAAAAACUCUAAAAGGAGUUAUGAGCCCUAAGUCAUUCAAUAUGUCACAGAAUUUUGGUGGAGAAGUUUUUGCAUAAAUGGAUAAUAUGGAAUCAAGAGGAAAAUUGUAAUUGAUUAAUUCCAUCUGCCUUUGGGAGCUCCCAUUAUCUUGAUUUCUGGUUGUUAAUCCUAUUUUAAAGUUUUCUAAUUUUAAACCACCAUAAUGUACUUUCAUUUUAAUAAAUAUUCAUUUGGAAUCUGGGA